GAACUACUUUAGCAUCUGGUAGUCAUGAUACCUCAAUCAGAUUAUGGGAUGUUCAAACAGGAUAAUCAAUUUAACCAUCUAAUUAAAAAUACAAAGAUCUAAUGGCCAAAUUCAAGUGUAAUCUUUUUUAACAUAAUCCAGUUUUAUUCAAAGGUUUUUUAUUAUAUUAAUUUAGUUAAUCCAAAUAUUCCAAUUCUUGUAAUAUGUUAAUAACCUUAUUUAUUAGCAAAUGGUGCUUUAAUUUUAUAAGGACAAUUUGUCUCUUCAUUAGGAGAAGAUUUAAGAAUAUUAUUUAAACAAAGAGGAGGCUGUAUUUUAGAAAGCGACGAACCAAUUUAAUAAGUGAU